AUGGAACUGCGGGUCGGCGGCCGUUUUCGUCUCGGCCGCAAAAUCGGAAGCGGGUCCUUUGGUGAUAUCUACUUAGGCCAAAACAUCCAAACAAAUGAAGAAGUCGCAGUGAAGUUGGAAUGCGUGAAAACGAAGCACCCCCAGCUGCACAUCGAAGCCCGAUUGUAUAAGGUCAUGUACGGCGGCAUCGGAAUCCCUCAGAUGAAAUGGUGCGGCUACGAGGGCGAGUACAACGUGAUGGUGAUGGAAUUGUUGGGUCCCUCCCUGGAAGACCUCUUCAAUUUUUGCCAACGGAAAUUCACCCUGAAAACCGUCCUUCUCCUCGCCGAUCAGAUGUUGUCCCGGAUUGAGUACAUCCACAUGCGAGACUACAUCCACCGCGACAUCAAGCCCGACAAUUUUUUGAUGGGAUUGGGGAAGCGCGGCAACCUUGUAUAUAUAAUCGACUUUGGUUUGGCGAAGAAGUACCGGGAGAGCAGAACCCAGCAGCAUAUCCCAUACCGGGAGAACAAGAAUUUGACCGGAACUGCCAGAUAUGCCUCUGUGAAUACUCAUCGAGGAAUUGAACAAUCCCGACGAGACGACCUGGAAUCGUUGGGCUACGUGUUGAUGUACUUCAACCGGGGCACCCUGCCCUGGCAAGGACUCAAGGCGGCCACCAAGCGACAGAAAUACGACAAGAUCUCCGAAAAGAAGAUCUCCACGUCGGUUGAUGAGUUGUGCUUCAGGCAUCCCGACGCGUUCGCCCAAUACCUCCGAUACUGCCGAGGCCUAGGCUUCGAGGAGCAGCCCGACUACGGCCACCUCCGACAGCUAUUCCGGAACCUGUUCCACUCGCAGGGCUUCUGCCUCGACUACAUCUUCGACUGGAACCUCCUCAAGAUCAAGCGCAUGCAGCAGCAGCCCAGCAACGGUCAGGGUUCGCGGGCAGUGCUGGAA